AUGCCUGCUACUGACCACAUGUCUCAUUUACACCACGGUAAUACUUUAGAAUUAAUCUGGACUAUUACACCUGCCGCUAUUUUAUGGGCUAUUGGUUUACCAAAAGCUGAAUUAUCUGUUAAAGUUAUUGGUUCUCAAUGGUUUUGGAGUUAUGAAUAUUCUGAUUACGUUAAUGGUGAUGAAGGUACUGGUAUCGAAUUUGAUUCUUUCAUGUUAAGUGACGCUGACUUAGCUUAG